GAAAGAAAGAGAGAGAGAGAGAGAGAGAGAGAAAGAAGGAGAAAAACUUUGGAGAGAAGCUUCGGAGGAAGAGCGAAAGGUGCCAUGGACGAGAGUGGCGACGGUACGACGCGGAGAUCGUUCGACGCGAUCGAUUGUGCCGUGUUUGCGGGAAUGCUCGCCGUUUCGGCCAUCAUCGGCGUCUAUCAGGCGUACAAGUCGCGAAAAAACGAAGACGCGGUCCGAGAGUACCUGGUCGGCGGACAGGCCAUGUCCAUCUUUCCUAUAACGAUGUCCUUGAUAGCCAGCUACAUAUCCGGGAUAACGAUCCUCGGCCUACCAGCCGAGAUGUACGUCUACGGGACGCAGUUCUGGAGCGUCGUGAUUGCCGACUCGUUUGUCUCGUUGACGAUGAUCGUCGUCUAUCUGCCGGUGUUUUACGGCCUUGGCAUCACUUCGUCUUACGAGUAUCUCAAACUAAGGUUCAACGGCGCCGUUCGACUCUUGGGUUCCGUCAUAUUUCUCCUGAAAAUGCUGCUGUACAUCCCGCUCGUCAUAUACGUUCCCGCGCUGGCGUUCAAUCAAGUCACCGGGAUAAAUCUACACGCGAUCGCGGUGUUGGUCUGCGUCGUUUGCAUAUUUUAUACCACUCUGGGUGGCUUGAAGGCGGUUGUUUGGACCGACGCCGUUCAGACGAUCGUCAUGUUUGGCGGAGUGAUAGCGAUAGCGGCGAUCGGGACGAACCAGGUCGGCGGGUUCCAAGAAGUUUGGAAGAGAAAUCGCGACACCGAUCGGAUCGAGUUCUUCGACAUGGAUUUAGAUCCGACGGCGAGGCACACCUUCUGGACGGUCGUCGUCGGCAACUACUUCAGCUGGUUGGCAAGUUGCUCUGUGAAUCAAGCGAUGGUACAACGAUGCUUGGCCAUGCCCAACUUGAACAAGGCCAACAUAACCAUCGCUAUCAUGGCGGUUGGCAUAAUUACCAUCGUCUCGCUGAGUUGCUACACCGGGAUCGUCAUCUUUGCCGCGUUCUACGACUGCGACCCCAUCACGACCAAGCAAAUAAAAAAGCCGGAUCAGCUGCUGCCGUUUUUCGUGAUGGAAAUGACCGAGUCGAUUCCAGGGCUACCCGGGUUGUUCGUCGCGGGAGUGUUUAGCGCGGCGCUCAGCACAAUGUCAACCGGGCUAAACUCCAUGUCUGGCGUCAUUUACGAGGACAUGGUGAAGCCGUGGCUGCGAGUAUCUCUCUCGGAAGUGGCGGCCAGUCGAGUGAUGAAGCUGACGGUGGUGUUGACCGGUACUCUGUGCGUCACGCUCGUUUUCCUCGUCGAGAAGCUCACCGGAUUGAUUCAGGCAGCUAAAAGCUUAUCGGGCAUCACAGCCGGACCGCUGCUCGGAAUCUUCACGCUGGGCAUGUUCUUUCCAUUCGCAAAUUCCGCGGGGGCACUGGUCGGCGGAUUGGUCAGUUUAAAUUUGGUCGCCUGGAUCUCGUUUGGCACGCAGGCCGCUAUAUCCAGCGGAAAGAUUCAUUUCCCCGUGAAACCGGUAUCCAUCGACGGAUGUCCGCAGUCGCUCAAGAAUCACGCUACCAAUUUCACGUUGGUCGUCGAAACAGCGAUCAAAGAGCAGCCCUUCUUCCUCUAUAGAAUGUCGUACCUCUGGUACACGUGGGUCGGUUGUCUAACCGCGAUCGUCGUCGGGCUACUCGUCUCGUGGAUCACGGGGCCGAACAAACGCAAGCCCGGUGACGAAAAGUUGUACACGCCGGUCAUUCGCAGCUUGUUGCGCAAGACGGCCACCAUCGUCGGCGGCAAACGGCAACAGGAAACUGUAGCCGAACUCGAGAAAAUGGACGACAAAAGCGUAACUAGAACUUGAAACGGAGGCCAACGCAUCCUGUUUGCGUUUGUAUAUUUGGUUGGUUGCAUCGCGGCGAUGAUCUUUGCGGAAACGUCAGUCACGGAGGAGACCUGGGGCGAUUUUGACAAUAAAACAGAAAAUAAAAUAAAAUACACAAAAUAUAUGUACAAAUACGUGUGCAUGUGUAUGUACGCGCAUGUAUACACACGCAACACGUACAUACACGCACGCGCGUCUAUAUUUCCUGUAUUUUUAAUUUACAAUUUUUGUAUAAAGUAUAAUUACAAA